AUGAUAUGGCAACGUUGGAAUUCAACAUUUCUAUCACUCUGUCACUGUGUCACUAUCCUACGUCCAACGUCAUUACAUUACCCAAAAUUUAAACAAAUAGCUGUUAAAACUUUUAACUACCUAUUUAAUGAAUUUUUAGUUUUUGUCCACCUUUUUCGAGGAAUUAUGACUGAAAUUACAAUUGUAACAGAUAUAAAUGUGCUUUGUCGAACUUGCCUAUCCCAGAAAAAUACAGAAGAACUGCAGGACAUUAUCCAAUCUGAUAUAAACAAGCAGCUAUGUGAUAUAACUUCAAUAGAGAUUAGUGUCGGUGAUGGCCUUCCAAGUAAAAUAUGUGGGGACUGCUGUAUAGCUUUGACAAUAGCCACAAAUUUCAAAGACCAAUGCUUGAAAUGUGACAAACAGCUAAGAAAUGCCUUAUUUAACGAUCAACCUAUUAUUUGUGACUCAAUUACAUUACUAGAAGAAAGGGUAAAGGAUGAAUAUAGAGAUGACGAACCUGAAUUUGGAACAGAGGUAGAGACUAUACAACUAACUAUAGAGAAAGACAGUGACAAUGAAGCAGAAAAUGAAGGAGUCAUUGCUAGUGAUACUAAUAAUGACCUAAAAGCUCAAGAUACAAAUGAGAGAAAAAAUAUCUUUGAAAAUGAUCAGGAGAGCUCGUUAAAAUUCCCUUGCACAAAAUGUGAAAAAACAUUCAAACAUGAAGCUAUGAAAGAAUAUAGAAGCCAUAUGAAGUUUCAUGAAUCUUUCAAGCCAUAUUCAUGUAGUAUUUGUGGAAAAUCUUUCACUCAACAACAUAGUAUGAAAAAGCAUAUGAGAACCCAUACAGGUGACAGAAAGCACUUGUGUACCAUUUGCGGAAAGAGAUUUUAUGAACAUAAUAAUUUGGUGUUAUUUUUUUUUUGUAGUUGCAUACAAGAAUUCACACAGGUGAGAAGCCAGUAUCUUGUGAAACUUGUGGGAAAAAAUUCACUACUAGGCAUUCUUUAAGUACACAUAACAAGAUACACACUGGGGAAAAGAAUCAUGAAUGUGAAUUUUGUGGGAGAAGAUUUGCACAUUCUUUUGUAUUAAGAACCCAUAAAAGAACCCACACAGGUGAAAAACCAUACAAGUGUAAUGUCUGUAACACCUCAUUUGCUACUUCAUCCUCCCUCAGAGUUCAUAGCAGAACGCAUACACUGGAGAGACCUUAUCAGUGUGAUACAUGCCCAAAGAAUUUCACAACAAAAUGUGCCUUAAAUGCUCACUACAGAAGCCAUACAGGAGAGAAAAGAUUUCAAUGCUCAGUUUGUGGGAAAAGAGCAGGCAGAGCUGCAGAUUUAAGAAUACACAUGAGAUCCCACACAGGUUGCAUAUGAAUACUGAUCAAGUUUUCACCCUUCGAUUCAAAAAUACAACUUCGUAAACUAUUUCCUCAAUUUGAAACUCCAGGGACUAUCUAGAUCUACAGUAUUCUCCUUGACGUUCCUACAAAUGGCCUCUGUACGAGAUAAAGGUGAGAAGCCGUACGGUUGCGAUAAAUGUCCUAAACGCUACCACACAUCGAGCAACCUGGCCGUCCACAAACGCAGUCAUCUGGGCAUAAAAGAGCACACCUGCGUGACGUGCGGAAAAGCUUUUGGAGACGCGAGGACGUUGAAGACGCAUUGCAGAAUUCACACUGGAGAAAAACCGUACAAUUGCAAGAUAUGCGGGAAAAGUUUUACGCAGUCUGGUCAAUUGUCUGGGCAUAGGAAGAAGCACUUACCAUCGAUAGCAACGAGUGUAUCAGAUUAACUACAAAUUUGAUUCCAGGAUGGAACACGCUUAGUCUAUCUGUUAAGGUCGAUUUAUAAACUCUAUACAGCCGGCGUACUGUUUCCAUAAAGCUGCAGCUUUCAGUUUAAGUCAGUUUCUUUCUAACCCUACGGCGCGUGAUGCACAACCUAACACAGAAUUGAAUUCUUUUUCACAUAUUUGAAGCAUAAACUUGCCUGCAGAUCAGAUGCAGUGUCUUCAUCAUUUAUAACAAACAUCUCGUGGUGAUUCAUGUUAUUAUUUAAGUGAACUAAAUAAAUGAGAGUAAACAAUCUCAAAAGAAAUCACACCGAUUAUAAAACAAACACGAGAUUUGCAGGCUCCAUUUACUUAGUUGAAUCCGGUACGGCAUCGGCAGAGAAUUAAUUCAAGUGUAGCAUCCGCGUUGCGGAAUCCCUGUUUAUAAACAGUUUAACGUCGAACGCAUGAUUCAAAAUCUGCGAUACGGGAACGGGGUGGCAGUGGUGCGGAAAUUCAGAGUUUAUUCUUCGACUUUUAGGUUUAUAGCGGAUAUCCUUGUACCAAUUAAUUGUUUGACCAGAUAAUCGAAUACAGCGGAAGCCGAAUAGCAAUAAAACAAAAAUUGUCCGUUUGCUUAAUUCAAUGCAUGUUCAGAUAAAUGUCAAGUUAUUUAGCAACUGUAUUUUUUGGGAGAAAUUUCCAUGGUGGGUCUUUGCUUCCGCUACCUUUGUAGUUCCAAAAAAAUUGUGAGUUUCUUGCUAGGUGGAAGCAUAUCUUCUCCACCGCUAGAAGAAUCUUCACUAUAAGGAAAAUGCCUCUUGAAUCGGAUCGGCUAUCCGCCGCAAUACUACAGUCUAUCCACUAGACAAGCAAUAUUAACUUCUGUUCAUUGAAACUUUUGGAUAUUAGAGAGUUUUCGUAAUCACAAAUACCGCAAGUGUGAACGUUAUUUUGAUAUUUACCUCAUAUAAAACACUGACUUGAAUGUCAAAAAAAAGUGAAGGUUAUCGUUCACUUAUGCGGUAUUUGUGAUUGGCAAAGAUGUAUAGAAAUCUGACGAUAUCGACAAAUUCUUAUAAAAAAUACAUGAAAUAUUGUACUUUCUCCUAUGGUACUGCAAAUAUACAAAUAAAGAAUGAUGAAAGAAAUAAA